AUGGGGAUGAUGGGGAUGAUAGGGGUGAUGGGGAUGAAGGGAGUGAUGGAGAUGAUGGAGGUGAUGGGGAUGACGUGGAUGAAGGGGGUGAUGGGGAUGAUGGGGGUGAUGGGGAUGAUGGAGAUGAUGGGGGUGAUGGGGAUUAAGAGAAUGAUGAAGAUGAUGGAGAUGAUGGGGAUGAUGGGGGUGAUGGGGAUGAAGGGGCUGAUGGAGAUGAUGGGGAUGAUGGGGGAUGAUGAUGGAGAUGAUGGAGAUGAUGGAGAUGAUGGAGUUGAUGGAGAUGAUAGGGAUGAUGGAGAUGAUGGGGAUGAUGGGUGUGAUGGAGAUGAUGGGGAUGAGGGGGAUGAUGGGGAUGAAGGGAGUGAUGGAGAUGAUGGAGGUGAUGGGGAUGACGUCGAUGAAGGGGGUGCUGGGGAUGAAGGGGCUGAUGGAGAUGAUGAUGGGGAUGAUAGGGAUGAUGGAGAUGAUGGGGAUGAUGGGGGUGAUGGGGAUGAUGGGGAUGAUGGAGAUGAUGGGGGUGAUGGGGAUGAUGAUGGGAUGAUGGAGAUGAUGGGGAUGAUGGGGGAUGAUGAUGGGAGAUGA